GGUAAAGAUCGAUCUUCACUCUUGUCUCAAUUAAUUAUUUAAGCUAAAAUUUACAUUUGUUUUAGUCUUUUAGUUUAAUUUUUAUUACAUUGAGGUUAUUUUCAUUACCAGCAAAUAACAAGAUGAUUAAACCAGCUUUGUACUAUGCUACAUUAAGUCCACCGUCAAGAGCUGUAAUGCUUACGGCUGCUGCUAUUGGUAUUGAAUUAGAAUUUCGUCCAAUUGAUUUGCAAAAGGAAGAGCAUCUUACACCAGAGUUCCUUAAAAUGAAUCCCCAACAUACCAUUCCCACUUUGGAUGAUAAUGGAGUCAUAAUCUACGACAGUCAUGCAAUUUGUGCGUAUCUGGUUGGCAAAUAUGGCAAAGAAGAUAACCUGUAUCCAAAAGAUUUGGCUAAACGUGCCAAUGUUGAUGCUCGUUUACACUUUGACUCAGGUCAUCUAUUCGCUCGAGGUAGAAUGCUAUAUGAGCCUAUUUUAUACCAUGGCUCAACUGAUUGUUCAAUUGAAAAGAUUGCCUAUGUCCAGCAAUGCUGGGAUAUAAUGGAGAGCUUUUUAAAGGAAACUCCUUAUUUGUGUGGUGAUGAAUUGACUAUUGCUGAUUUGUGUUGUAUUACAACAGUUACCACAAUUAAUGAUGUUGUGGUGAUAGAUGAAACCAAGUAUACAAAGCUUAUGGCUUGGAUAGAACGAAUGUCAGAAUUACCCUAUUUUAAGGGAAUCAAUGAUGAUGGAGCUGCUGAGGUGAAAAAACUUUUCAGGGAAAAAUUGGCAGAAAAUAGAUCGAAGAAUUAA